AUGCCUCCUCGUGUGGCAGAAGCUCAGGCCUCCAAGGAUGAGGAUGGAAAGGAGCGACCCGCGAUAGAGGUGAUUGAUGCCCAAGCGAUUCAGGAGACGGCGGCGCGCACCGUCCGCGGGGCCCAACAAAUCUUCGGGAACCUCACCGGUUGGGUGCGCGAGGCCCAAUCCGCCGUGGCCGACUCCCUUUCUGGCCUGGCAGAGGAGGGAGGUCCUGGGCCCCUUGCUGCCAUUCUCCGGCGGGGAGAGCGAAACCACGAGGCCGGCGGCAAUGUGUCUCCGACAGCUUCGAAAAGAAAAGAGGCAUCCAUUAACGAUGCUGCACAAUACUUUGUCGAAUACAAGGGCCUCGACCCUGCACUGGUUGAAGAGCUCCAGGGACCCACGCGAAAGCCUUGA